AAUACAAUAAUUUUACACGAUUGAAAAAAAAAUCAAACAGAACGAUAUUUAAACCCGAUAAUAGUAAUAAUUAUGAUGAUAAUAAUAACACAGAUGUAAAACACGACGUGGUGAUGCGACAGCUGUUCGGUUUAUUUAUUUAGAUUCACGAAACGCGUUGAAAUGAGUCUGGAGCGGGAACGCACUCGAUCCGAGCACAAGACUCUGUCUCUGUCACACAGAGGUGAGGAUUAAUCUGAGAUAUCGAUGAUAUGAAUGUGAUAUUAACGGUGAUCGGUGAAGAGCGCGACCUCUGGCUGCGGGUCAGGGUUCAGGCGCGCGUCGUUGCCAUGGAGACCGAAGGCGCUGACGCUUCACCGAUCGAUGAAACGAAUCUGUAGCGAAUCAAAGCUUGUUUUUGUUCUGAUUAAAGGAGAAUCAAAGCUUGUUUUUGUUCUGAUUAAAGGAGAAUCAAAGCUUGUUUUUGUUCUGAUUAAAGGAGAAUCAAAGCUGACAUGCGACGGAACGCCUGAGGAAUGAACAAUUACAGAACCAUCCGGAAGAUCGGAGAGGGAACGUUUUCUGAAGUUAUGAAGGUCCAGAGUCUGAAGGACGGAAAACUUUACGCCUGUAAAACCAUGAAACAACCCAUCGAGAGUGUGGAUCAGGCUCACAGUCUCAGGGAGGUUCAAGCCAUGAAGCGUUUGGGUCCCCAUCCCAACAUCCUGCAGCUUCAUGAGCUCGUUUAUGAUAAAGACACAGGAACGCUGUCACUCAUCUGUGAACUCAUGGACAUGAACAUAUACGAGUUUAUUAAAGGCCGCCAGUGUCCUCUAGCAGAGAGUAAAGUCAAGCACUACAUGUUCCAGCUGUGCCGCUCUCUGGAUCACAUGCACAGUCAAGGCAUAUUCCACAGAGACGUGAAGCCUGAGAACAUCUUGAUCAAAAAUGAUGUGCUGAAGCUGGCAGACUUCGGCUCCUGCAGGAGCAUCUUCUCCAGACCUCCUCACACGGAGUACAUCUCCACACGCUGGUACCGAGCACCCGAGUGCCUGCUGACCGACGGACACUACUCCCAGAAGAUGGACGUCUGGAGCGCCGGAUGUGUCUUCUUCGAGAUCCUCAGUCUGAGCCCUUUAUUCCCCGGCCGGAAUGAGUUAGACCAGGUCAACAAGAUCCACGAUGUGCUGGGCACGCCGGACAUCAAGCUGCUGCAGAAGUUCAAACAGUCUCGUGCGAUGCGCUUUGAUUUCCCUCCUCGCAAAGGCUGUGGGAUUUCCCAUCUGAUCCCUCAGUGCUCUGCAGCUGGGCUGUCUCUGCUGCACCAGAUGCUGACCUAUGACCCCGAGGAGCGCAUUAGCGCCCGCGCAGCACUGCAGCACCCCUGCUUCAGAGACCUGCGGAUGUCUGAGAGGAAAGCAGUGAGUCUGCGGAAGGCACUCGGAGCUGUAGAAGGAGAAUCCAGCGGGAUUCCUGCAUCCGUGGAUCAGCUGUGGAGAAUCGCGCGGCAGGGAAGACGACAGCAUCUCAAGUUCGCCGGUGACCCGCUCAGCCGACGAAACGCCUCGCAUUUCCCUCUGGAGCUACCAAAACUCAAUGUGGUGGGCCCCACGCCCAGCAUCCCUUACCCAGUGUCCAGCUUCCCAGCGCUGACCGCUUCACACCGCGCCUCUCUGCCUGCCAUCUCCAAGAAGUGCCACUCUCGUCUGGCUAAACCCAAAGAAGAGCCACACCGUGUCAAGAGCUACUACAUGCCUCCGCUGGAGCGCCGUCCAGACCAGUGCUGACCACUGAAGACAUUCACACCCGCCGUCUGUCUCUGGUUCCAGUGGGCUGGCUUCAACAGACCAAAAACAUCAAGAGUUAAAUGUCACAUUACAUAAUAAAAGUCACAAAGACACAAAGAAACAUGCAGUUUUCAAACCAGUACAAGAUGAUAUUUGCAUGGGUUUCCUGGCUGACCAUCUGUCUCAGAUCAUCUGACCUAACCGCAGUUUAUUUGUUUCAGAUUGUUGAAAGCAGAUUCUAUAGAAAUGGAUGUAACAAAUGUAGAAUGUGAUUGUGCUGCUUUCCAUUAGACCCAGAGCAGACCAAUGAAUCUCGAAACGAGACGGAUUACAGCAGAGAGAGCACGUGCCAUUCCAGCUGCGUAUUCCUGGUGUUACUCUACUUUUAUAUUUGCACAGACUUUCGUGAAUAUUAUGGGAUGAAAGUUAAACAGGACCAUGAGCAGCACUGGUUUGCUAUUGAGAGACAUUUCCACAAGUGGACUUCAUAGUCGUGAAUAAAGGUGUUUAACUGAA